AUGUCUACUGACUUUUCAAACCCGAGGACCUAUGCCGUUCUGUCCGGCAUGCAAACAUUUGCUCCGACAGCUGGAUUGAAUGGAGAUGGCUCUGUUCCCCUGGAAGUUCUUAUCGACUUUCGAUGCGAGAGUGACGAAUUUGAUCGCCUAGUACCCCAGACCGACGCUACAUUCCAUUAUGACAAGUUCAACCGAUUGCGACUGCGAAAUAAUGUUACAUCCGUGGUCCCCAAGUCCUCUGCGGGACGUUCACAUAUAGGGCGUACACACUUACAGGACCAGACAGACCUCAUCAAAGUCAUCACACCAAGAUUCACUGUGUCAGCCAGUGAUCAACAUUUUAAGACCAUUUCCAACAUCGUGACGAAGCUCUUACUCUUCUCCGAUGUAACCCACAAGACCCGCAUCGACAGACUGGAGACCUUGUUAUUCACCUAUGACUUCACAGAUUAUGCUUCAGCGUGCAGGGUGAUCACCGAUCUCCAGGGUCGACUGCGAAAGUCAAUAGAGGUAGAGGAAUUGGCCAUGCACACACAGCAGAUUCAGACUCAAGAGGAUGAAAUCGAACUAUUGAAGCUCAAGGCCCAUGUAUACCUGUUGGGAGAUGAGCUCAACUUCAUAUUCGAUGCAAUCAAACUGGCGCAGGACCGAUUUGACGAACAAACAGAUCGAAAAUCAGCACUUCUCCUGAAUGCCUCGUCCUCUGAAAUAUCUUGGAAUAUGAUAGAUGAACAGCAGGAACUCUUGGCUAAGCACGUUGUGCAAGACAUCGAUUACUACUGGCUUAGCAGACAGGACAGUUCCACUUAUAACGACCUUGCGAUCGGUAGCCUACAGGCGUUUGACGGAUCUAAAGACGCUGUGUGGACUGAGAUACUCUCCAAGUACAACGAGCCUCCCAACCACCCCCUACUCAAGCGCGGACUCUUCCUUGUAUCGAAAUGGUCCGUUCUUCCGCCUAUCGAUGCUCGGGUUGGCCGUCGUAUCAUGGAAUACUUGUGGCCAGGGCGAAGAGACCGAAAGAAAGCUAUCCAAGAUAGAGCUCCGGAGCCCUCUCCAGCUGCCAUCGAACCUUCGAACAAGCGACCUUUCCCACCUAGGGCUUCACUCGAUGCGACCACACGAACGCACUCACGGCAAUCCUCUGACUCUAACACAUCUCGACUUGCGCCCCCAAUGGCGUUAAGAAGGCUCGGCACAUCACGAUCUUUUUCGAAUCUCAGGGACUUUCCGUCACCUAUAAGAUCACUGCCACGAACACGUUCCUCCGAGGCUUUGGGACAGAAUGGAAGCUCAACUGAUCAUAUCGAACCACGUAAACUAGGCAGGGGAGAUAGCAGGCAUGACUCUGGUCCUGUAACACGACGAGGGGAUGCCGCAGAAAUGAGGACGCGAUCUUCUCAAAAGACUUUGCACCUCCUGCUGAGUAUUAUGAAAGAGGAAUCUUUUGUUUGUCGCGACGCUCGCAUCACAACUAGAGACCUGGAGUAUAGGAAUCAAACAUGGAGUUUCGAGGAGCUCGUUGAUCAACUUAUCCCGUCUGAUACGAGCUGGAAAGGUUGGAUCAAGAUGGCAUUCCAUCAACCUCUGGUCCCUGUACUUCCGGUUGCUCGGGAGAUAUUUUCUAAAACGAAAUGGAUUGCUACGAAGAGCGCAGCCGUACCAGAGUUCCACCACCCAGCAUUACCGAAUUCCUCUCGCUCUAACCUUUUACUUACGGCUGAUGACGAUACUAACCGUUCUGACGAUAAUCAUGAUACUCGCGAGCGUCUGCGAACACCUUCGCCUCAUCGAGGUUGGCGGAAAGCCUCAAAGAGGAAGUCUGACACCUCUCCACACAUACUGGCGAAUGCACAGCUUUAUGAGGAGCCAGAGACCUUGCCAGUGGAGCCCAUCCGACCCAGUAGUAGAAAUAGAAUGCUUUCCCUGCUAGGUCGUGGUUCAUCCUCAAAGAAAAAGGACAAAUCCGGCAGUGUUACACCAAAGCCUACCGGUUCAUCUUCAAAAUCGUCGAAGAAGAGUUCUACAGCUACUAGACGAUCUACGGAAUCAAGAGACGGAACACUUUAA